ACAAUCUGGUUCAAAAUAGCAAAAUACACUGCACUGCAUGUAAUGUUCAUCUGGGCAGUGCCAUGAUAGGAGCAAACAACCGGUUUGUGCAUCUGCUGCUGAAAGUUCUGAUCUGCAAGAAUUGUUAUCACUUUAACACCAGCGGUGAGUUUAAAAAGGACGAAGACGGAAGUGAACUAUACUGCAGAUGGUGUGGACAAGGAGGCCAAGUGUUAUGCUGUUCAUCAUGCGAAUUCGUGUUUUGCAAGAGAUGCAUAAAAAAUAAUUUUGGAGUGAAAAAAUUCAAAGAAAUUAGAAACAGUGAUGAUUGGAGUUGCUUUCGAUGCCAUCCCGAACAGCUAUCAAGUCUUCGAGCGUCAUGUGCUGAGUUCAUGGAAUAUUAUCGAACUGAGUUAGCAACCACUAUGUUGCUUCGAUAAAACUGGGAUGGUUCGGCUAGACGCACUUCAAUGGACGUUUGAAUCCGGCUCGAAGGACCAAAAUGUGCGCGCUUGCAACCCUUUUUAACCCAAUAUUUGCGGUCGGUUGUCGUUUACGCUGAAGUGUAUUGCGCUGGAGGGGACUGUAUCUAUUUUCUUAGAACACUUGCAAGUUUCUUCACAGGAUUGGAAUAAAACGUUACAAGGACAGUAAACUAAACUUUAUGGUUCUAGAACUUUCGAAUGAGUGCGCUCUUACGGAUUCAGGCUUCAGAUCCGCCAGAAGAGUAGUGGUUAAGGGCCGUCUGACGGAUUUACAAAGUAAAGCCUGAACCACGUAACAAAGGCGUUUUGGAUAAGGAUGGGCGCAAACACAUUCAGUGCCUUGGAAAAAUCCAUUCCGACUGGACUAUCGUGCUUUAAGCUAUUCGGAGUUGCAAGAUAUAAUUGUUACUUAUAAUGAUUUUAAAUUAAUAUUUUUAAUUUGCUAAACCUGGAUUUUUUUAGAAUUUGGCCAACCUGCCAUAGGCGAUGAAGAGUUGUGGCAGCUGAACUAAAGUUAUCUCCGUUAUCGACGCAAGACAUUUGAUGGGUGUUAAUAAAGUCUUAAAGGUAUUGUCUGGUUUUAACAAGGUUACCUCUAGGAUUUGGUAUUUGUUGUAAAUGGAUUGAAAUAUAAAUUUGAAAAAACAUAA